GCCCCACUCAAUAUCAAUCUACUCCAUUGUCCUUCUUCCUACUUAAAUCUAUUCCUCUAUCAUCAUCUAAUUUACCUAUUUGCUCAUCUCUAACUCGCUAAAAAUCACUAAGUAAACCAUUAGAAUAUCCAAACUAGAAAAAUAUCUCCGUUUCAGGCAUAUUUGUACUCUACAAUACUACAAAUAACUUAACUCACAAUGCCACCACCACCUACCCCAGAUCCCACCAGUCUGUCCGGUAACCGUACCGACCCUGAACAACCAACAGAACUUCGACCACCUCCACAACAGUCACUACCAGAACAUCCACCACCACCGCCACCUCCUCCACCUCCUCGAGGUAUACCCCCAAUCAAUGAUCGUAUUCAUCGAUUCCACACUUAUAUCCCUACUGAACGUGAGCCUAGAGCCUCUGGUUCUGGUUCUGGUUCUGGUUCCAGCUCCAGCUCUUUGAUACGUAUAUCGCCACCAUUUCGCUCCCUACCUCCCAUAGGUACCCCUACUACUGCACCUUGGCUAGAUGCUGAACCAUCCCGAGUCAGAUUCAGACAAGAUAGACGAUUCCGAGAAGCAAUGGUCAAUGCUCGAUUACAGUCAUUUCGGAAUUUCAUUGGUCUUGCUGAUUCUACUGAGUCCAACAAUAUAGAUGACUUUUUACAGGCCCUCUCAUUUGCCAAUACUCCUCUGGAAGUACGAGAAAUUCGACUGGCUAUUAUUGGUGAAUCUGAUUAUGAUAAUGAUCAUAAUGAUGACGAUACUAGUGGAGAUGAUGAAGAGGAUUUGGAUUAUACUGAAGCGGAUUAUAGUCAUAUUGAUGAUGAUGAUAAUGAACUCAUUGAAGAAGAAGAUGCUAUUGGACGAGCCAACUUCUAUGCCUCUUUCCGUCCCAGUGCUGAUCAUCGUCGGUUUAAUUUUGAACCUCCUGAUAUUGGAGAAAGAGAUACUACUAUUACAGGUCGAGAUUUUAGUCAAGUAUUAAGUGAACGAUAUUUACUUUCAUCAGCUAGACAAUCUACAUCUUUAAGACCUCCAAGCCCCUCUACAGUUCAGAUUGCUACACGAGCAGCAGCAGCUCUUCAUGAUGCCUAUUCAUUCAACGAUGGAAUGAAUACCUACGAUAAUGACAAUGAUAAUGACAAUGAUGAUGAUGACAAUUAUUUACUAUUCCCUGAAUCAUCUUCUGACUUAAGACGACAGAAUGCCAUUCAUCUGAGGCAAGCAAAUCCUAAUUACGAUCCAGAAAUUGGACAAGUGAUUAUCCCCAAAGGUAAGGGAACAACAGGCCUGAAAGAGUCUCCUAGUAGGAAUAACGGUAAGCAAGAUGACCAGAAUUGGAGACGCCAGAUUGAGUGUGAAGCUCGUAUACUUGAACAGAAAAUAUCCGCCUACUUACGUACAAGCUUACCUAAUAGGAUUAGUAGUUUAUUGUUUCCUAUGGACCUCUCCACUAAAUAUUCAUAUUUAUUUGCUCCAGUAGUUGAUGGACAUCGAUCUAGUACCACUAAUGUUAGUGAUUUGGGUGAACCUAUCCCUAAUCUAGAGCAACGUAUGGAUGUGUACUUGAAAAGAAGAAGAUUGGGACUAUUAUGGACAAACACUGUUCCAACCAAGUCCGUCAAGAAGAGGAAAGCUAAGACUAGUACUCAGAAAUCGGAGUCAUUCAAAAAGCAAAAGGUUGGCCCUGAUACAAGUGAUACUACUAUUGAAUCAUCACAGUGCACAGCAGCAGAACAAUUCCAUGACUUCAAAAGUAAACCCAUAGACUAUGUAACAAGUCAUGAUAAGGAUAAGAUAAUUGAUGUUCAAUUCAGUUCAUAUUUCCAAUCGGGACUACGAUAUACGGUGACGCUUGAUCCGGAACAAACACGAGGGUGUGAAUGUGAUAUUGUUCUUUCUAACAUUGACUAUACCAACAAGACCAUAGAUGGAUCAUUCUUAUGGGGAAACUACCCCAACAUUGAUAUAAAGUGUCAGAUUGUUAACUUUACCAAAUUCUUCUGUGGUAUCAAUGGUCUGUUUUAUUACAAUAACUACAUCAAGAGUCACUUCAUUCGCCGUAAGUUGAAUAUCUUGGAGAAGCUUCUUAAGGAUCCUCAAUUACAUUGGCCAGGACCAGGUCCAAGACCUGGAGCUAUAUGUCCGGCUCCUUUAUCAAUACCUAUGGAUGGAGACAUUGUGGACUUUAAAGCCAAUGACUUACGGUUCCUCUCGUCUCUGAAACCUGGCGACAAUGUGGUUCAUAAACAUUCUUCAUCAUCUAAACUUAAAUCCAGUCGAGUACGUUUACAAGUAUUGGAAUGGAUGAAACUUCAACCUUUAGCACAAUUCAAGCAGACAUUCUUACUUAAUUACCUCCGCAAUUUACGCAACAAUUUACUCAGCUUCUCCAUUAACAAUGUACCUAAAGUCGAUAAGUCAGAAGUGAACUAUUUGUAUCAAGCAUUCAAGCGUAACUUAAGAGAAAUCCAAUCGGACUUCUACUAUGUUGAGAAUGAAUUGAAGUCCAUGGUAUGCACAUCUUCAUCAUUCAAUAUGCUUUCUGAAACUGAUAAUGAUGAUGAUGUUGACGAUGACUAUAUACAUGAACAUACCAAAUUCACAUUGGCUCGUCAAAGAGAAUUAGUCAAUUACUGUCCUACCAGUACCAGAAAACUUCGUGAGCUUGAAGACUGGGAACGCACCUUGGCACAUCGAUUAUGUGAACAGGUUACUGAGGAUGAAUCCGCCAGUCUCCUCAAUAUCCAAUUGAAUUACAUUCUCUUCACUAUGCGUGUGGAUGUAUCGAAGUACUUGGAGAGUUGUAUCACUUAUCUCUUGAACCAUUGUGAGAGUCAGAACGGUUAUGCCGACAACUACAAGCGUGUUCUUGAGAGAGUCGUCAAGGAAGAAUUGGUGUCUAAGAAUUCUACCCGUGAUGUAGCUACUUUGUUAUGCUCCAUCAACCGGAAGUCGGGCCAGUUACAGAUCCAUAACUCAUUACCAUAUCUUCACUACAAGGAUGUGGUAGGUAAGAUUGUUCAAUCUACAUUAUCUCGAGUAGAGGAUUCUAUAGGAGCCACGAGAAUCUACUCUGACUUUGAUGACUUCCCCGCCGAUCAGCGUGCUACUUUACCCAAAAGCUUUGGAGAUCUCCCGCGCGACUUUGAUCCUCAUCGUCCUACUAAGUCGUGUAUGUUAUCUGGAAGCAUUAAACGUCAUAGUUCUGAUUGGGAAGUAGCCAGUGGUAAUCCUACAUUUGGCAUUGUUUAGUGUGUA